CCCAGAUCCAAUAUGGCUGAGAAGAGGCCCGCUGAAUUUGAAGAAGACACAAAAGAGGGAAAUGGACCCCGAAGAACAAGAAAAGUAGCCCUAAUCACGGGAAUAAGUGGACAGGAUGGGUCUUACCUGGCAGAGUUCCUGAUAGACAAGGGCUAUGUGGUCCAUGGUAUUAUCAGAAGAGCCUCUACCUUUAACACUGGUCGGAUUGAACACCUGUACAAGAACCCUUUUGGCCAUUUUGAAGGAGACAAUUUCCACCUCCACUAUGGAGAUAUGACAGACAGCACCUGCCUAGUUAAGAUUAUAACAGAGGUGCAGCCAGAUGAGAUUUACAACUUGGCAGCACAGAGCCAUGUAAAGGUGUCCUUCGACCUUGCGGAGUACACAGCAGACGUGGACGGCGUUGGCGUGCUGAGGAUGUUGGACGCCAUCCGGACGACCGGUCUCGUCAGCAAGGUGAAGUUCUACCAGGCGUCCACCAGCGAGAUGUACGGACUGGUACAGGAGGUCCCGCAGAAGGAGACCACGCCCUUCUACCCCAGAUCACCCUAUGGAGCAGCGAAGCUUUAUGCCUACUGGGUAGUGGUGAACUACAGGGAGGCAUACAACAUGUUUGCCUGCAAUGGUAUCCUCUUCAACCACGAGAGUCCCAGGAGGGGGGAAACGUUUGUGACCAGGAAAAUCACCCGAGGUGUCGCCAAAAUCCUGCUGGGUCAGCAGGACGACAUUGUGCUGGGGAACCUGGACUCUCAGAGGGACUGGGGACAUGCCAAGGACUAUAUCAGGGCCAUGUGGAUGAUGCUUCAGCACCAGGUGCCAGAAGACUUUGUUAUCAGCACGGGCACAGUGCACAGUGUCAGGGAGUUUGUGGUCGCCUCCUUCAAGCACAUCGGAGUGGACAUUAUCUGGGAGGGUAAGGGACUGAAGGAGGUUGGGAAGGACAAGGCAACUGGCACUGUGCGAGUCAGGGUGUCCCAGAAGUACUACAGGCCCACAGAAGUGGACUUCCUUCAAGGAGACAGCACUAAGGCUAAGAAGAUACUGGGAUGGGAGCCGUCAGUGUCCUUUGACGCCCUUGUAGCUGAGAUGGUGGAAGCUGAUAUCGAACUGAUGAAGGCAUGCCCAGUUGCCUGAUCAACCAAUCAGGACAGUCCAGCAAGCUGAUCAACCAAUCAGGACAGUCCUGAAAGCUGACCAAUCAGAAACAACAAUGAGAGACAACAUUGGUUAGCGGAUUGAAGUCAAAAGAAAAUCAUUUAUGUCAACUGUUAUAUUAUAUUGUCUCUGCAAUUAUGGUGAAAAACCAUUCUUUGUGGAAAGGGUGAUUUAUUAUUCCUGGGUUAGAGGAACUCAGAAAUAUGUUAUUUAUUGUACUAAAUAGGUUUCAUAGACAAAUGUCUUCACUUGCUUUUAUGAGGUAAAAAUAUCUUCGAUUAUAUGUUUAUGAAUUGAAUAGAGUAGUGUUAUUAUGUAAUUAAGAAAAGUCAAAUUGUCAGAUGCGAAAUGGUACCUACCAAACUUGAGGCAUAUCAGUUGUAGCCAAACUAUCAGUUGUUGGGAAGGUGUGUCCGGUAAGCCUUGCCUGCUAUUGGUUGAACCAUCUUUUGAUUGACAGGUCCAUUGCAUAACAGAUGACCAGUGCCUUCUGAUGACAUACAUGUAGAUAUAUAUACUAGUACAUUGUACUUCAUGUUGCAGUGGGGAUCUUUCCUCUGUGUAUGGUUCACAACAGUUUUUCCUCCACAAUAUAAAACAUACGUGAGUUCUAGCAAAAAGACCCAACACCUCUCACAAGAGAACUUUUGUGGUGGUUUUAUUUUCAUGGUGACCUCCUGAUGCAAAAUCAUGACACUGC